CCUUCGACGACAGCACCUUCUCCCCGGCUUCAGGUCGCUUUGAGGACCGGUGCCUGGUGGAGAUGAGCCGAUUCACAAUAAGUCGCCUGCUGGCGCCGGAACUGGCCCGGCCGCUCUCCAGAACCGUCUGCCCGACCACCACAGUACCACAAUGGACACGACUCCUGUCCCAGUCGCACGCCGCCAAAAACAUCUGGACCCCUCCGCAGCCACCAACUCCGCAGCAACGCCCGUCCAGCGGAAGCAUUAGCAUGGAUCGUCUCGCUAAGAGCGUGAUGCGGGGCGCUGCGCUGCCGACCGAAUCUCUCUCGGCCUCCCUCCCCGAGCAGCUGGAGGUCGAGGAGGAGGAGCAGGGCGAGGAACCCUACCACUUCCACAUUUACAGCCACAAGCACAACACGCACAUCACGCUCACCAAGCCGAAUCGGGACGCCCUCAUCUCGCUGUCGUGCGGGAACAUAGGAUUCAGGAAGUCCGGGCGCAAGCACUACGACUCGGCGUACCAGCUCGGCGCCUACGUGAUAAACAAGAUGCACCAGAAGGGCCUGGUCAAGAAGAUCCACAAGCUCGAGGUGGUCCUGCGCGGGUUUGGGCCCGGCAGAGAAGCCGUUGUCAAGGUGCUCAUGGGGAAUGAGGGCCAACUGCUGCGGCCCAAGAUUACGCGUGUGUCGGAUUCGACGAGGCUCAAGUUCGGUGGUACUCGGAGCAAGAGGAAGAGGAGAUUGGGCUAAGGGGUUUUCGUCCGCUAAGCGGUAUUCUGGGCUUUGGGGAAAAGGAGCGAGCGUGGCUCCAGGGGGUUACAGAUCUGAACCGGGCAGUUCAAGUUCCCAUGUACAUUGUAUACUACAAACAAAUGUUCCUUUUACUAGACCCGUGGUGCUAUAUCAGAGGCAGACUCAGCAGAGUACCGAGUUUGUCCCGCCAAUAUCUCUCAAAGUCUCGACCUGUCAUGGCCGUUCCAUAUUCUUCCGUAUGCGAAGCGAAGACCGCUCGGGAUUGGAACGCCCGGACCGCUGGUCGGACCCACUAAAAUCU